AAGUUUAUAUAAAAAAAAAAAUCCUCUUUUGUCAUCAUUUCUCACGUUCUCCGUUACCGUUCUUGAUCUCCGUGCUAAGAAAUCACCCACAUGUAACAACAACGUGACGCUAGCCACGCCCUCUCUGCUUCUGCAUGUGCCGUCUCUCCUUCUCCUCCAUUUCCAUAUACAAAACCCAUUGCCAGUAGUAAGCAUAGCAGCCACAUCACAUGCCUUUCCUUCUCUCUCUCUCUAAAUUUGGCUGCAGAGAUUCAAGGACAGUUGUUACAGCACACCCCUGAGAUUUCUCCUUAACAGACCAAUCAAAUUGAUCCAUCAAUGAAGGACCAAACCGAGUUCGACAAGCCCGGGAAUCCCCUCAUCGCCUUUGAGCAUAAGAGGGAUGCAUAUGGAUUUGCAGUGAGACCGCAGCAUGUACAAAGAUACAGAGAAUAUGCUAAUAUCUACAAGGAGGAAGAGGAGGAAAGAUCAGACAGGUGGAAUAGUUUCUUGGAGCGACAGGCGGAAUCUGCAAAAUUGCCUGUAAAUGGUUUAUCUUUGGUGGAAGAUAACAAGGCAUUGCAUUCUGAAACAACAGAGCAGCACACAAGUGAUGGUUUAAAGAAGGGUGCUGAAGGUGAUGAUUUAAGCAGUGAGAGGGCUGGCUCUGAUGUUUCACCAAAAGAUCUUACUGAAAAUGAAGAGACACAGUUAAAAGCCAAUAAAAAAAUUCAUAGGGUCCAAAUAUGGACUGAGAUUAGACCUUCCCUUCGUGCCAUUGAAGAUAUGAUGAGCAUUCGUGUCAAGAAGAAGGGCAAUCCAUCAAAAGACCAACAAGAAACUAAACAAGAACAUCCUAUUGAAGAUGCCAAAUCAGCAAAAGGAGUAUCUGAAGAGGAUUCUGAGGAUGAGUUUUAUGAUGUGGAAAGGUCAGAUCCAGUUCAAGACACCCCUUCCAGUGAUAGUGUUAGUGCAUCUGCGACAGUUGCUACUGCUGCUAAUGUAGCCCCUCUAGAAUCUUUGUUCCCCUGGAAAGAAGAACUGGAGGUUCUUGUUCGUGGAGGUGUUCCAAUGGCACUUAGGGGAGAGCUCUGGCAAGCUUUUGUGGGUGUGAGAACACGUCGAGUGGAGAAGUAUUACCAGGAUCUACUUGCUUCAGAAACUAUUUCAGGAAAUCAUGCAGAACAGUCUGACAGUGAUUCUAAGGUUUCAACUUCAGAUCCUAUAUGCAUGCCGGAGAAAUGGAAAGUGCAGAUUGAGAAGGAUUUGCCACGGACAUUUCCAGGUCAUCCUGCUUUGGAUGAUGAUGGAAGGAACGCUUUGAGGCGGUUGCUUACAGCAUAUGCUCGACAUAACCCCUCUGUUGGAUACUGUCAGGCAAUGAACUUUUUCGCGGCAUUGUUACUACUUCUGAUGCCCGAGGAAAAUGCCUUUUGGACACUGAUGGGCAUUAUUGAUGACUAUUUUGAUGGCUAUUACUCAGAGGAAAUGAUAGAAUCUCAGGUUGACCAACUUGUUUUUGAGGAGUUGGUUCGCGAAAGAUUUCCUAAAUUGGUAAAUCAUCUGGAUUACCUGGGAGUGCAGGUUGUGUGGGUUGCUGGACCGUGGUUCCUUUCAAUUUUCAUGAACAUGCUUCCAUGGGAAAGUGUUCUUCGAGUUUGGGAUGUGCUCCUUUUUGAAGGAAAUCGUGUCAUGCUAUUUCGGACUGCACUUGCUUUGAUGGAGUUAUAUGGCCCUGCUUUAGUUACCACUAAGGAUGCUGGAGAUGCAGUGACUUUGCUACAGUCACUGGCUGGCUCAACCUUUGAUAGCAGUCAGCUUGUAUUGACAGCUUGCAUGGGUUAUCAAAAUGUGAAUGAAAUCAGAUUACAAGAGUUGAGAAAUAAGCAUCGAGCUGCUGUUAUAACUGCAGUUGAGGAAAGAAAAAAAGGGCUUCAAGCAUGGAGAGAUUCGCAGGGUCUGGCAUUGAAGCUCUAUAAUUUCAAGCAUGAUCCCAAGUCAUUGUUAAUACAGACAAAUAAGCAGACUAGUGGUGAUUUAUCUCGUUCAGGUUCUGGAUCCACUAAUGCAGAUGAAAUUCUUAUAAACUGGACAGGGGAAGUGGAGAUAGACGGUGUUCCAGAGCUUCAAGAUCAGGUGGUAUGGUUGAAGGUUGAAUUGUGCAAGUUGCUAGAGGAGAAAAGAUCUGCUAUACUCAGGGCAGAAGAGUUGGAGACUGCUUUGAUGGAAAUGGUCAAGCAAGAUAAUCGGAGGCAACUGAGUGCUAAGGUUGAACAGUUAGAGCAAGAGGUUUCUGAGCUGCGGAGAGCCCUUGCUGAUAAGCAGGAACAAGAAAAUGCCAUGCUUCAGGUUUUAAUGCGGGUAGAACAAGAGCAAAAGGUAACAGAAGAUGCUCGCAGAUAUGCCGAACAAGAUGCAGCAGCACAGAGAUAUGCUGCUCAAGUGCUUCAGGAAAAGUAUGAAGCUGCCAUGGCAUCAAUAGCUGAAAUGGAAAAAAGGGUGGUUAUGGCAGAAUCAAUGUUGGAGGCUACGUUACAGUAUCAAUCUGGACAGCUUAAAGCCCAACCGUCACCCCGAUCUUCUAAUCCAGAUGCAUCACAAAGCAAUCAAGAGCCUGCACAAGACAUUCCCACAAGAAAGAUUGGUUUGCUAGCUCGACCAUUUGGACUUGGUUGGCGUGACCGAAAUAAGGCGAAACCUGCAAAUGUUGAGGAGACGAACAACAGCAAAUCGUCCAAUGAGGUACAGAGUCCAAGCACUGAGCAGAAGGAUGCAAAUGGCAUUGCAGUUCAAGAUAAAGAGUAGAGAAUUGCAGGUUUGACAUGGCUGUACUCUACAGAUGUUGAAAUCUCUCAAGUCGAUGUUGGUGAGGUAGAUAUAUUUUUUUUUUGUGUACUAGUGCAACUUCAGGAAGAGCAUAGAAUAGAAAUUUCUUUUGUUAAUUUUUUAUUUUUUGAUCUGUAAUUUUUGGAUCAGACAGCCAUUGUAGAGCCAUAUCCAUUUAUUGUUUGUUCAUUAAACUGUAAUAAUAGUUGCAUAGUGAUGAAGAAUGUAAAAUAGACAUGAGUUUCCAACAGUGAAAACCUCUUGUUAUGUCUA